CGGGACAGACAGGGACCCAGCUAAGGUAUUCUGUUCAACGGCUGCCAGAGACCUACCUGCACUGUUGGUGUCUAACAAGUAAAGAGCCACCAUGGGGGACUCAGAGAUGCAGUGCUUUGGCGCGGCGGCCAUCUACCUCCGCAAGCCGGAAAGGGAGAGGAUCACGGCCCAGGCCGCUCCCUUUGAUGCCAAAUCAGCUUUCUUUGUGGUUGAUCCCAAAGAGAUGUACCUCAAAGGGGUUCUCCAGAGUAGAGAGGGUGGCAAAGCCACUGUCAAAACACUGUGUAACAAAACCAUCACUGUAAAAGAGGAUGAUAUCCACCCCAUGAACCCUCCAAAGUACGAUAAAAUUGAGGACAUGGCCAUGAUGACCCACCUCAAUGAGGCCACGGUGUUGUAUAACCUCAAAGAGCGUUACGCAGCAUGGAUGAUCUACACCUACUCUGGGCUGUUCUGCGUCACUGUGAACCCCUACAAGUGGCUCCCUGUGUACGACCAGUCGGUUGUGAAUGCUUACAGAGGCAAAAAGAGAAUUGAAGCCCCACCCCACAUCUUCUCCAUCUCUGAUAAUGCCUAUCAGCACAUGCUCACUGAUCGUGAAAACCAGUCAAUCCUCAUUACCGGAGAAUCCGGUGCAGGAAAGACUGUGAACACCAAACGUGUCAUCCAGUACUUUGCGACAAUCGCAGUGGCUGGAGGCAAGAAGGAACAAGCAGCAGCUGCUGCUUCUGGGAAAAUAAAGGGCUCGCUGGAGGAUCAAAUCAUUGCAGCUAACCCUCUGCUGGAGGCUUAUGGUAAUGCCAAGACUGUGAGGAAUGACAACUCCUCCCGUUUUGGUAAAUUCAUCAGAAUCCAUUUCGGAACUACCGGAAAGCUGGCUUCAGCCGAUAUUGAAACUUAUCUGCUGGAGAAGUCUAGAGUGACGUUCCAGCUGUCUGCUGAGAGAAGCUACCACAUCUUCUAUCAGCUCAUGACUGGACACCAGCCACAAUUGCUGGAUGCUCUUCUGAUCACCACCAACCCCUACGACUAUCCCAUGCUCAGUCAGGGUGAAAUCACCGUCAAGAGUAUCUGUGAUGUGGACGAGUUCAUUGCCACUGACGAGGCCAUUGACAUUUUGGGCUUCACUGCUGAUGAGAAGAUUGGCAUCUUCAAGCUGACUGGUUCUGUGAUGCAUCAUGGGGCAAUGAAGUUCAAGCAGAAGCAGCGUGAGGAGCAGGCCGAGCCUGAUGGCACAGAAGUGGCUGAUAAAAUCUCCUACCUCAUGGGCCUGAACUCCGCUGACUUGCUCAAAGCUCUGUGCUACCCCAGAGUGAAGGUCGGGAAUGAGAUGGUGACCAAAGGGCAGACUGUACCACAGGUUGGCAACUCGGUUAUGGCCCUCUGUAAAUCAGUCUAUGAGAAAAUGUUCUUGUGGAUGGUCGUCCGUAUCAAUGAGAUGUUAGACACAAAGCAGGCCAGACAAUUCUUCAUUGGUGUGCUGGACAUCGCUGGAUUUGAGAUCUUUGAUUACAACAGCUUGGAGCAGCUUUGCAUCAACUUCACCAAUGAGAAACUGCAACAGUUUUUCAACCACCACAUGUUCGUACUGGAACAAGAGGAGUACAAGAAAGAGGGAAUUGAAUGGGCGUUCAUUGACUUUGGUAUGGACUUGGCUGCCUGCAUUGAGCUUAUUGAGAAGCCAAUGGGCAUCUUCUCCAUCCUUGAAGAGGAGUGCAUGUUCCCCAAAGCUUCUGACACUACCUUCAAGACCAAGCUGAAUGAACAGCAUCUUGGCAAAACUGCCGCCUUCCAAAAGCCAAAGCCUACCAAAGGAAAGGAGGCAGGGAAGGAAGCCCACUUUGCCCUUGUGCACUAUGCUGGUAUUGUAGAAUACAGUAUCACAGGCUGGCUGGACAAGAACAAGGACCCCCUGAACGACUCUGUUGUGCAACUCUACCAGAAGUCUACAGUCAAACUGCUGGCUUAUCUCUAUGUAACUCCAGCAGCCGAUGAGGCUGCAAGCAAGAAGGGUGGCGCCAAGAAGAAGGGUGGCUCCUUCCAGACAGUGUCUGCUCUGUUCAGGGAAAACUUGGGCAAGCUGAUGACCAACUUGAGGAGCACUCAUCCGCACUUUGUGCGAUGUUUGAUUCCCAAUGAAUCAAAGACACCAGGUCUGAUGGAAAACUUCCUGGUCAUCCACCAGCUGAGGUGUAAUGGUGUACUGGAAGGUAUAAGAAUCUGCAGAAAGGGCUUCCCCAGCAGAAUCCAGUAUGGUGACUUCAAGCAGAGAUACAAAGUAUUGAAUGCCAAAGUCAUCCCUGAGGGACAGUUCAUGGACAACAAGAAGGCUUCAGAGAAGCUCUUGGGGUCCAUUGAUGUGGACCACACUCAGUACAAGUUUGGGCACACCAAGGUGUUCUUCAAAGCUGGUCUGUUGGGUACUCUAGAAGAGAUGCGAGAUGAGAAACUGGCUUCUCUGGUGACCAUGACUCAGGCCCUGUGCAGAGGUUUCCUCAUGAGGAGGGAGUAUAUGAAGAUGAUCGAGAGGAGAGAGUCUACUUUCGCCAUUCAAUACAACAUCCGCUCCUUCAUGAACGUCAAAACCUGGCCAUGGAUGAAGCUGUACUUCAAGAUCAAGCCUCUUCUAAAGAGUGCUGAAACUGAGAAGGAGAUGGCCCAAAUGAAGGAGACCUUUGAAAAAACAAAGGAGGAUCUGACAAAGGCAUUGUCCAAGAAGAAAGAGCUUGAAGAGAAGAUGGUUGCUAUACUGAAUGAAAGAAAUGCCUUGGCGUUACAAGUAGCAUCUGAAGGUGAGAGCCUCAAUGAUGCCGAGGAAAGGUGUGAGGGACUCAUUAAGAGUAAGAUCCAGCUUGAAGCCAAACUCAAAGAGACAACUGAAAGGCUGGAGGAUGAGGAGGAGCUCAAUGCUGAGGUGACUGCCAAGAAAAGGAAACUGGAGGACGAGUGCUCUGAGCUAAAGAAAGACAUUGAUGACUUGGAGCUCACCUUGGCCAAAGUAGAGAAGGAGAAACAUGCCACCGAAAACAAGGUUAAAAACCUAGUGGAGGAGAUGGCCUCCCAAGAUGAAACCAUUGUCAAGUUGACCAAGGAGAAGAAAGCCCUCCAAGAGGCGCAUCAGCAAGUCCUUGAUGAUCUCCAGGCUGAGGAAGACAAAGUCAACACUCUGACCAAAGCCAAGACCAAGCUUGAACAGCAAGUGGAUGAUCUGGAAGGAUCUCUGGAGCAAGAGAAGAAAGUCCGCAUGGACCUUGAGAGAGCCAAAAGGAAGCUUGAAGGAGAUCUGAAACUGUCCCAGGAAUCCGUAAUGGAUCUGGAAAAUGACAGGCAACAGUCAGAGGAGAAGAUUAAGAAGAAGGACUUUGAGUUAAGCCAGUUUCUUAACAAGGUUGAGGAUGAACAGACACUUGGUCUUCAGCUCCAGAAGAAGAUCAAGGAGCUCCAGGCUCGGGUUGAGGAGCUGGAGGAGGAGAUUGAGGCUGAACGUGCUGCUCGGGCCAAGGUUGAGAAGCAGAGGUCUGAUCUCUCCAGGGAACUUGAGGAGAUCAGUGAGAGGCUUGAAGAAGCUGGAGGUGCAACAUCUGUCCAGAUUGAGAUGAGCAAGAAGCGUGAGGCUGAGUUCCAGAAGCUGCGUCGCGAUCUUGAAGAGUCCACCCUGCAGCAUGAGGCCACGGCUGCUGCACUCCGUAGGAAGCAGGCCGACACUGUGGCAGAACUGGGAGAACAAAUAGACAACCUCCAGCGUGUCAAGCAGAAGCUGGAGAAGGAGAAGAGUGAAUUCAAAAUGGAGAUUGAUGACCUCUCCAGCAACCUGGAGUCUGUUUCCAAAUCAAAGGGAAACUAUGAGAAAAUGUGCCGCUCUCUUGAGGAUCAAAUGAGUGAGCUCAAAUCCAAGAAUGAUGAACAUGUGCGCCAAUUGAAUGACAUAGGUGUGCUAAGGGCAAGACUGCUGACAGAGAAUGGUGAAUACGGGCGUCAGCUGGAGGAAAAAGAAGCUCUGGUUUCCCAGUUGACCAGGGGCAAGCAAGCUUUCACACAGCAGGUUGAGGAACUCAAGAGGCACAUCGAGGAAGAAGUGAAAUCCAAGAAUGCCUUGGCCCAUUCUGUUCAAUCAGCCCGCCAUGACUGUGACCUGCUCAGGGAGCAGUAUGAAGAGGAGCAGGAGGCCAAAGCUGAGCUGCAGCGUGGAUUGUCCAAAGCCAACGGCGAGGUGGCUCAGUGGAGAACAAAAUAUGAGACUGAUGCCAUUCAGCGCACUGAGGAGCUUGAGGAUGCCAAGAAAAAGCUUGCACAGCGUCUGCAAGACGCACAAGAGACAAUUGAGGCAACAAACUCCAAGUGUGCUUCUCUGGAAAAGACCAAGCAGAGACUGCUGGGUGAAGUGGAGGAUCUCAUGAUUGAUGUGGAGAGAGCUAAUGCUUCAGCUGCCCAACUUGACAAGAAGCAGAGGAACUUUGACAAGGUUCUGGCAGAGUGGAAGCAGAAGUAUGAGGAGGGCCAGGCAGAGCUAGAGGGGUCUCUGAAAGAGGCCCGCUCUCUCAGCACCGAGCUGUUCAAGAUGAAGAACUCCUAUGAAGAAUGUAUGGACCACCUGGAGACACUGAAGAGGGAGAACAAGAACCUGCAACAGGAAAUCGCUGACCUGACUGAACAUAUUGGAGAGUCUGGAAAGACCAUCCAUGAGCUGGAGAAGGGAAAGAAGACAGUGGAGCUUGAGAAGUCUGAAUUUCAGACGGCCCUGGAGGAAGCAGAGGCUACGCUGGAGCAUGAGGAAUCCAAGAUUCUCCAUGUUCAGCUAGAGCUAACCCAGGUUAAAAGUGAAGUUGACAGGAAGCUGGCAGAGAAGGAUGAGGAGACAGAGCAGAUCAAGAGGAACAGCCAGAGGAUGAUGGACUCCAUGCAGAGCACUCUGGACACUGAGAUCAGGAGCAGGAAUGAUGCCCUGAGAAUCAAAAAGAAGAUGGAGGGAGACCUCAAUGAGAUGGAGAUUCAGUUGAGCCAUGCCAACCGCCAGGCUGCUGAAAGCCAAAAACAGCUGAGGAACAUCCAGGGAGCACUCAAGGAUGCCCAAUUGCACCUUGAUGAUGCUGUCCGCGCCUCAGAUGACAUGAAGGAGCAAGUAGCCAUAGUGGAGCGUAGGAAUAACUUGAUGAUGGCUGAGAUUGAAGAACUGAGGGCUGCCCUGGAGCAGACAGAGAGAGGCCGCAAAGUAGCCGAACAGGAGCUGGUUGAUGCCAGUGAGCGUGUUGGACUGCUGCACUCUCAGAAUACCAGCCUUAUAAACACCAAGAAGAAGCUGGAAGUUGACCUUACUCAGAUCCAAGGUGAAAUGGAAGACACUGUCCAGGAAGCAAGAAAUGCAGACGAGAAGGCCAAGAAGGCUAUUACUGAUGCUGCCAUGAUGGCUGAGGAGCUGAAGAAGGAGCAGGACACCAGCUCUCACCUGGAGAGGAUGAAGAAGAACCUGGAGGUCACAGUGAAGGACCUGCAGCACCGUCUGGAUGAGGCUGAGAAUCUGGCCAUGAAGGGCGGAAAGAAGCAACUCCAGAAACUGGAGGCUAGGGUCCGUGAAUUGGAGUGUGAAGUUGAUGCUGAACAGAGACGUUCAGCUGAUGCUAUUAAAGGUGUUCGCAAAUACGAGAGGAGAGUCAAGGAGCUCAGCUACCAGACUGAGGAGGAUAAGAAGAAUGCGAACAGGCUCCAGGAUCUGGUGGACAAGCUGCAGCUGAAAGUGAAAGCCUACAAGAGACAGUCUGAGGAGGCUGAAGAGCAGUCAAACACUCACCUGUCCAGGUACAGGAAGGUGCAGCAUGAGCUGGAGGAAGCUCAAGAGCGUGCCGACAUCGCUGAGUCACAGGUCAGCAAGAUGAGAGCCAAGAGCCGUGAAAUUGGCGGCAAGUCCAAGGAUACAAUGGAGUGAUCAGCUUUGGAGGAAUGGAGGAAACGAGACAUUCACAAGCAACCAUACAAUAUGAAUUUCUUGUGAAAUGUUUACAUAUUGUAACUAGUAGGCCUACCCUAUGUGUGAACAAUGGCACAUUGGGUGUGAACACUGCAUGCAGCAGUCAAUAAAAAUAGCUUGUUAUCAUC